UGCCUCCCUCCUCCCUAAUCCUCAUUGGAACCAGCUGCACCUCAUCACCUCAUCACCAGCAGACCUUCUUAAGGAGAUCCAUCCCAGCAUACUACGCCAGUCCGUUACACUCUCUCCGGUGCCUACGCCUGGUCUCUAGUUAAGUCUAGGUUUGCCAAGUUAAGUCACGUACUUACCUUACCUUGCCUUGUUCUACGCCUUCAGGUCCGCUCCUCCACGGGUGCCGCUGGUUCUUCCUCGUCACAGGCUGUCUACGCCGCUCUCGGCUCCACCAUGGACUUUGUCACUGGUCUGCCCCCCUCACAAGGUCUGGAGAGCAUUUUGUUCUGCUCUAAGGGCCACGGUCAGUUUAUCUUCUGGACAUCACCCCCAGUCUAACGGACAGGCGGAGCGCGCCAACCAGGAACUCGAGGCUGCGCUGUCUGGCCGCUCAAAAUCCGGCCAACUGGUCCUCGUUCCUGGUCUGGAUAGAGUAUGCCCACAACAAUCAUCCCUCAUCAGCCACUGGUAUGUCCCCUUUUGAGGUUUCCUUGGGCUGCUCUCCCCCUCUUUUCCCCUCUCAGGAGUUAGACCUGGCCGUGCCCUCCAUUCAGCACCACCUCCAGAGGGUUCAGCGCGUCUGGCAGCAGGCCAGGGCCGCUCUCCUGCGCACUAGGGAGAGCAACUGCCGGAUUGCUAACCGCCGCAGAGUGAAGGGUCCGACCUACCAGCCGGGACAGAAAGUAUGGCUUUCCUCCCGUGAUAUACCUCUUCAAGCCACCUCCCGCAAACUGGCCCCCCGGUUCAUCGGUCCCUACACGGUCGAGAAGAUUAUUAACCCCACCUGCGUGCGCCUUAAGCUUCCGGCAGCCCUCAAGGUACACCCUGCUUUCCAUGUCUCUCAACUCAAGCCCUUUCAGGAAAGCCCGUUGUGCCCACCGUCCACUUCCCCACCACCCGCCCGGGUCAUCGACCGUUCUCCUGCUUUUACGGCCAGUAGGGUGCUGGAUGUUCGCCGCCGGGGCCGUGGGUAUCAGUUCUUGGUGGACUGGGAGGGUUACGGUCCGGAGGAGCGCUCAUGGAUCUCCCGCUCCCUUAUUCUGGACCGUACCCUCAUCGAUGACUUUUAUCGGGCUCAUCCGGAUCGCCGCCCUGGACCGCCUGGAGGCGGUCGUUGAGGGGGGGGCACUAUCACGGGUCCGCCGUCAGCUGCCUCCCUCCUCCCUAAUCCUCAUUGUAACCAGCUGCACCUAAUCACCAACAGACCUUCUUAAGGAGAUCCAUCCCAGCAUACUACGCCAGUCCGUUACACUCUCUCCAGUGCCUACGCCUGGUCUCUAGUUAAGUCUAGUUUUGCCAAGUUAAGUCACGUACUUACCUUGCCUUGUUCUACGCCUUCAGGUCCACUCCUCCACGGGUGCCGCUGGUUCUUCCUCGUCACAGGCUGUCUACGCCGCUCUCGGCUCCACCACUCGCUCCAAGCUGUGCUCGCCGUCCUCGGCGCUCCACCUCGUCACAGACUCUCUACGCCUUCCCUGACGUUCCUCCUCGUCCACGACUCGCAUCCCCUCUCAGAUUAAACCUUCUGACUCUG